GGGUCAAACAAAUCACUUUGUUAACAAGCUUUGUCAACCAACUUGUAAACAUAGCAUAAUCCAAUCCAAUUUAUAAACAAAACCCAACCGACAAGAGAUCCCGAGUCCUCAGUUGGAUUGAACGACAUGAUUUUGAAAACAACAAUAUAAUAUUAGUAUUUGAUUAAACAAGCAAUUCUAAUUGAACAAAACGGGGGAUAAAUGCAAAAAUCCCAACGGUCAAAUAGUUGAAUCGAGAGAUGGGGAAAAGUGAAGGGCGAAAAGAGAGCCAACCAACCCUAAUUUCAGAUGAUGAGAGUGGUGAGGAAGGAGAAGCAAAAGGGCCUCCAUUCUUCUCCUGUUACCUGCUUACCUCACUCUCUCCCCGAUUCAAAGGCCACACUUACAUCGGGUUUACUGUGAAUCCACGGAGGAGAAUAAGGCAGCACAACGGCGAAAUCGUAAGCGGCGCAUGGCGGACCAAGAAGAAGCGCCCUUGGGAAAUGGUGCUCUGCAUCUAUGGCUUCCCAACUAAUGUUGCAGCCCUUCAGUUUGAAUGGGCCUGGCAACACCCAUCAGAAUCUCUUGCAGUCAGGCAAGCAGCAGCUAGUUUCAAAUCCCUUACUGGACUCGCCAACAAGAUUAAAUUGGCAUAUACAAUGCUUACUCUUCCUCCCUGGCAGAGUUUGAAUCUGACGGUGAAUCUAUUCUCAACAAAAUAUCAAAUUCACACAUCGGGCUGCCCGGCCUUGCCCGAUGAGAUGCGGGCCCGAGUUAGUUCCAUGGAUGAGCUUCCCUGUUACAACUUAAUAUUUGGGGAAUGGGAUAAUGACCAUCACAACUGUGAAUGGAGCUGUGAGAAAAAUGUAUCCCAAAAAACCAAUUAUAAUAGAGAGCAUUGUGGUGGAGAAAAUCAAGGGCCGGCCUUUAUUUGUGAAACUGCUGUGAAACCGCUGGUUGGCUCACCGAGGAAAAAACGGUCAGCAGCUAGCCAGGAUGAUAAAGAAGAAAAACGGGCUUCGAAUGGUCAAGUGGAUAUCAUAGAUGUUUUUACACCUUCUCCUUGCCGUGAGGUUGACUCAGGUAGCAAGAAGAGAAGGCGGCGUAUGAAUGUUGGUUCCGAGAUAAUUGACCUGACCACUUCUCCUUUGUUUGUGGGAUAAUAGUAUAUUGAUAUGUACUGCAAACACUUGUAAACAAGAAUAAUCAGGAAUUAGAGGGAUCACAUGAGUUUAGUGAAUCUGAAUUCUGAUGUACUGUGUGAUAUGCGAGCUGUUUCCAAUUCAUAGUUGGCUUUCUUUUACUACGCUAUGUCACCGUUGUUUUAUGGGCGGAUAAAUAAUUCACUGUUUGUUUGUU